AUGCUUCCCCAUACUGAACCAAUCAACAUCCGGCCUUAUCGUUUCCCUCAUCAUCAAAAAGUUGUGGCAGAGCAAUUAGUGGCAGAAAUGUUACAAUAUGAAUUCAUACAGGAGAGUCAUAGUCCCUAUGCUUCUCUCGUUCUGCUUAUAGGAAAGAAAGAUGGUACAUGGUGGUUUUGCGUUGAUUAUAGAGAAUUGAACUCAGCCACCAUCAAGGACAAGUUCCCAAUCCCUCACAUCGAAGAUUUGUUGGACGAAUUACAUGGAGCUAUGAUUUUUUCCAAGAUGGAUCUCAGGGCUGGCUAUCAUCAAAUUCGAAUGAAGCCUGAAGAUAAAUUCAAGACUGCUUUUCGCACUCACCAGGGUCAUUAUGAAUUCCGUGACAUGCCUUUUGGAUUGACAAACGCUCCUACCACUUUCCAAGCCUUGAUGAAUCAUGUGUUUGCUAAAUACUUGAGGAAAUUUAUAUUGGUAUUUUUUGACGACAUUCUCGUCUAUAGCAAGACGGCUGAGGAUCAAUAUCACCAUCUCUCUGCUGCUUUGAGUCUGCUCAGAGAGCAUCACUUGUUUGAAAAGGAAUCCAAGUGCUCCUUUGGCCAGCCUACUGUCGAGUAUUUGGGUCAUAUCAUUGAUAAGGAUGGGUCUCUACUGACAAGAGUAAGGUGGCUGCCAUGUUUGAUUGGCCUCGACCAACGUCAGUGA